AUGAAUAAAAAUGAGAAGAAAACGAAAUAUAUUGAGAGUGAAAUAAGUAUAUAUGAUGAAAAAGAAGCACAAUUUCAAAAUUUAAGUAGUGCAGACAACUUUAAUUAUGAUUUUAAUAAUUAUGUUCAUUUAAUUUGUAAAAUUAAAAAUGUGAGAAAACAUGGAAAAUACCUAUUUUUUUAUGAUACUAUUUCAAAGGACAAUGAAAAUGAAAAAGAAAAUUCGUUUUUUUAUAAAUAUCAAUUUUUAAAUUAUGAUAAUAAUUUUUAUUUCAUAAAAAACUUAUUUAAUGAAGCAUCUAUUAAAACAGAAAAGAAUGUACAGAUUAUAAUUAAUAAAAAUUUUUACAUUAAUGAAGAAAAGUUAGUUUUAUAUCAAAAUUAUUUAAUAAAAAAACUUUACAAAAAAAAUCAGGAAGAUGAUACAAUAAAUUUAAAUAAUGAUUACUUUUAUGAUUCUAUUUAUUUAUGUAAUAGAUUUUAUAAUAACUUGAAGAAAAACGAAUGUGAACCACCAUUAAAUGAUGAAGAAAAUGAAAAUGAUGAUCAAUUAAAUCAUCCUCUAUUAUUAUUAAUUAAUGAAUACAUAAAACACGAAGAUGUUAACAAAAUAAUUAAAACAGAUUCUUUAAUAUAUAUUAUAGGACUACCAGCAUUAACAAAUACAAAUGAAAAAUCUAUAAUUGUAUUUUCUUCUUAUCUUCUAAAAGUAAAUUAUGAAUAUUUCAAUAUUAAUGAACUUUUGAAAUUAUUUGAAAAAAACUUUUUAUCUAUGUUAACGUUAUGUAGAGGCCUACGCAUGAAAGAAAGUUGCAUUAUAAAUAUUUAUAAUAAAAGUGAUAAAGAAAAAAAUAAAUAUAUAUAUAAUAUUGUAUACAAAAGUAAAAAUUACAAAAGUAUAUCAAAUCAAAAGAUGAAUAAUUAUGAAAUUUUUAUAAUAAAGGUCAUUGAUGUUUUACCUAAGCUAUUUAAAAUACAUCAUAGUGAAUUUCCUUAUAAUAAUAAUAGUAUUGAUUUAAAAAAGAACUUAUUUAAUUAUUUUGAUAUAAGCACAUUUAGUAAUAAAUUGUUUAGUGAUUACAUUUGUAUGACAGAUACAAUGAAUGGAAAAAAAAAAAAAAAAAAGAAAGAUAUGAUGUUCUAUAUGAGUAAAAAAAAAAUUCCGCAAAUAUACUGGAUGUUUAAUCAUAUAAAAAAAUUACUAAGUGAAAUAAAAAAAGAAAAUACAAAUGACAUUUCUUUUUUUUGUCAAAAUAUUGUUUUGUCUAUAAGUACAUUAGUUAACAAGUAUAUUGAAAGUAAUAUUACUAUUUAUGAUAAUUAUUUACAUUUUCUAAAUUUAUUUAUUGAAAAAAAUGAUAAAUUAGUUAAUGAAGAAAAUGAAAAAAAGAUAAAAAGUUAUAUUGAUCAAAGCACUAAAAGGAAUGGAAGAAAUACUUUUGAAAAUUCCAAAUGGAAAAAUGUAGAAUUUUAUGAUAUUAAAAAAUUUUAUUUAGAUAAUUGUGUUGACUUAAAUAAUGAAAUCAAAUUAAAUGGAAAAAAAUAUUAUUAUGAGGAAGAUAAUAAUAAUUUAAAUGGAAUAUAUUCAGAUGAUUGUAACGAAAAAAAAAUUUUUAACAAUUUUGAUUUAAAUGGAAUGAAUAAAGAAAAUGAUAGCAACUAUAAAAGUUAUAACUACGAAUUAAAUGAAAUAAGUAAUAAUUUUAAUAUUAAUAACCAAACAUAUGAAUUUUGUAUUUUAGAUGUAGGGGGAGGAAAAGGGGAUUUAGGUAUUUACAUUUCCUUAGCCUUUAAAAAUGUUUUAGUUAUCAUAUUAGAUGUUAAUGUUAAUUCUUUGUUCACAUGCUUUUUAAAAAUAUAUUCCAACAAAAUUAGGAAUAUUCUAGUAAUUCAUGAAUCAAUAUUGAACUUUGAUUUCAAAAAAUACAAAGUUAAUUUAAUAGUAGGUUUACAUUGUUGUGGAGGAUUAAGUGACUACACAUUAAAAAAAUGUAUUGAUGAAAAAAUUCCAUUUCUUAUUUGUUCAUGUUGUUAUACGAAGUAUAAAAAUUUAAGAAGGUAUAUAUUUGAUUUUAAAAAUGAGAUGAUAUUAAAUGAAAUUCAAAAUUAUAUAUACAAUGAAAACUAUAAUGUUUAUAUGAACACUAUCGUAAGUGAAUAUAUAAAAGGAAAAUAUAAAGUAAAUUAUGAAAAUGAUAUUGAUAAUGAUAUUGAUAAUGAUACAAAUAAUGAUAUAAGUAAUAAUGAUCACAUUAGUAUGAUUAAUAAAAAUGCAUAUAUCCUGAAUAGUAUAAAUAAAAAAAAAGAUAUUGCUUUGAAUGAAAAAUGUUUGAUAGAAAACAGUUGUACUUUUUCUUAUAGUGAUAAAUUGGAAUUAGAAGAAAAUAGUAAUAAAAAAAAAUAUAUAAAAAAAUAUGAUAAAUAUGAGAAAAAAAUUAUCAGAAGAAUUAUACCUGAUGUAUAUUCUUUUGUAAAUUUACUGUCUAAAUUAUGUGAAAGUGAUAAUAAAGAAAUAUCUUUUAAAUGCAUGUAUUUCUAUAAUACAUUGAGAUUUUAUAUUUUACAGAAAUUGUUUAAUGUAACGAAAAAUUUAGAAGAAAAAGAAAAUAUAAAUUUGUCCUUGCUUUCUUUUCCAUUGUCUUAUUCACCAAAAAAUAUUGUCUUAAAAGGUUUUUUUUCAUAA